AACUUCACUGUAGAUCCGAGAGAUUAUAGAUACUCUACAAACUAGAAUCUUAUUCAACCGUGAUUCACAGUCAAGUUUAACUAAUUUUACUCGUAUUUCUUAAGGUAACAAAGUGAUAAAAAGAGAUAUCGUACUAGAUCCAUAGACCUUUCUUUUCUUACAUAGUUUAAUAAAUAUGGAAAGUAGCGAAUAUAGCAAUUAUGUAAAUUUACCAUUUUAUGGUGAAAUGGAUGAUAGUAUAAUGAAGUCAAAUGAAAUAGAUAGUAUUUCAAUAUCUCAAUAUAUAAAUGACUCCUCGAGACAUGAAGUAGAGUCUCUUGGUGGUUUAGGUGUUAAUUCAUUUAAUAAUGGAGAUCAGUUUGUGUCUGAUACUACAGAAGGAUGGGAUCAUGAUCCUGUUCAAAAUGUUCAAAAUAAUAAUACACAGUUAGCAUUAAUAAAUCCUGUAGCAGCAAGUUCACAGUACCUAACAGACUCAACAUAUAUGGACCAACCUGGCCAGUCAUUGAAAGUUCAGGGACAUUCAUAUGGAACACGGUAUGCAAAUCAAUUACGUCCGACACCCGGUAUUGAACCACGUAGAAGAAAAAUUCAAAAAGAAAAAAAUGAACCGGAAGAUAAGGGACCUUAUUGUGUUUGUCAAGGUCCAUCUUACGGAACAAUGAUUAUUUGUGAUUUCUGCAACGAGUGGUAUCAUAUUAGGUGUGUGAAUUUAACAAAGCAACAAGCAAAAGAGAUAGAAAAAUAUAUGUGCCCAAACUGUCAAGGAACUAGAACGCUAACAAGUUUAAUUCAAGAAGAUUGCCCCACAGUGGAGGCAACGGGUAUCGAUCCGAAGGCGUUGAUGAUCGAGGAACCCAGGCAGAUCGAACCGCCAAAGUGCAAGCUUCAAAAUUGUACGGAAAAAGCACGUGAUAAUAAUCCUUACUGUAGUAAUAAAUGUUUCAUUCAAGGCCAUAUACUGGAAAUCAAAAAA